GGCUUAUGUAAUACAUAUCUUAGUAUCCUAAGCUUAGAUUUAGAAUUUGAAGUUCGCGAUAAGAGCCUCCAACAAUAUCAACCCUUCACCAUUCAAACAUUCACCAUAAUAAUAAUAAUAGCAUCAUCUAUGACAACCUCAAGGACCCCACAUGAUGUACGCCUACGAACAUGCGCUUCGAUGUUGAAGAGCUGAGGACUCUUUAAUACUUUGACCGAGUAGAAGAACGAAAGAGAAAAGAGAGCCGUUGCGUUGCGCCCGGCUGUCUUUGGAAUCAAUUAUCAUCAGCACGAUGCAGCCGUCACCCACUCUAAUCUGCCGUCUCCUCGCUCUCCGCGUCUCCAAAUUCCCUCCCACGACCCGCCGAUUCACCAGAAAUACAAACCUCGCGUCCCGGGGUCGACCUCAGAUUCCGUUCCUAUCGGUACCGCUAGCAAGGAACCAUCAGUUCCGAUACCUCACCACCGAGCGAAAGCGAUGGCUAGCCUAUGAGGUCUUCCUCGGCGUCAAGUAUACCCUCUACAUCUGGGCCAUCGCCGGCUUCUCCAUCGCCGGCUACUGGGCCAUACAGCAGGAGUGGCUCGAGAGGAAAUACCCGUCGCCGCACGACUGGGGGUUCAUCACCCGCCUGCAGUUCAGGCUCGCGAAGUGGGCCCCCGACCGGUCCGACUUGCCAGAGCCCGACUGGGUGCUGACGGGCAACUAUGCCAAAAGCGUGGUCGAGAGGUUGGAAGACGAGAAGACCGAAGGCGCCGGGCUUAGGAAAACCGAAGACGGCGGCGCAUACGCAUACGAUGUAACGUCGAAAAGCGAGCCGUGGAGGAGGGGCUAUUACGAGGCUUUAAUGCUGUGUGCCAAGACAGCCGAGCAUCUGGAUGACCAGGUCGUAGAUAACACGCGACACCUAGUCUUUCCAGCCGACCAAGUCAUAGGACCGUCGAACCCGAACCCGAAGCCCAUCUCCCCGGGCUCGCCAAGCGCGCCUCGCGAACAGGACUGCGAUCGCGCCUUCGAAACCCCCGACACCUUCUACAAGAAAAUCCUAGCGACCCGAGGCCUCACGCCCAAGCAGAAGCUUGACGCGGCGUUAGAGUACGCCUCGUGGCUGGACUUCAAGGGGCUCCACGACGCCGCCGAGCAGACGUACGAGCGGGCCCUCGAGCUCGCCACGGGUACCGAGCCCCCUCCGUACGACCCCAAGUCCUUCGUCCUGCAGGACCUCUCGCGCGCCCCCUCCGCCAACAUCCUCAACACCCUCACCGCCCUCGCCACCCACAAGGCGCGCACGGGCGACAUCUCCGCCGCCCUGCCCAUACUCAUCUCCGUCCUGCGCGCGCGCCGAUCCCUACCGCGUCCCGAGUCUUCCCAACGGAAACACACGUACGUCGACCUGGACGACGACGUCCCGACCUCGUCCCCCUGGUCCCCGAGCAACAUCGCCGGCGCCGCAUCCCGCCUUCUCUCGCCCCCCGCGUACCCGCCGCCGCCGGACGACGGGACGUCCCCCCCGGUGCGGGACGCGAAGGAGCUGUGCGAGGAAGCCGGUCUGAACCUGUAUAUCGGGGAGAUCAUUUUUGCCACCACCACCUCUUCCACCUCUUCCUCUUCCGGCUCUAAUAAGAGUCGCGAGGACGGCCUAGCCUGGACCCGCGAAGCCGUCGACCUAGCCGAGGAGCAGCUGCACAAGCUGACGCAUACGGGCGACGUUCGCGGGGACGCCAAGAAGACGUGUAAGGAGUGUCUGGUGACGGGCCUGGAGAACUGGCAGGCCAUGGUGUCGCGGCUGGCGCGGGAGGAGCGCGAGAGGGAGGCUUCGCUGAAAAAUAAUAACAACAGUAACAACAAGAACGGGGAGUUGGCGACGAAAGCAAGCGGCGGCGGUUGGUUAGCGGGUCUGUGGGGAGAUGGGAACGCCGAAGCAGCAGCAGCAGCAGCAGCUGGAGGACGAUGGACUGCGGAGGAGAACGUAGUGAAAGAAAGGACGAAGAGGGUACAGGAUCUACUGGAGGAGGCUGACGCGCCUAAAGCUGGGUUCGGGUCUUUGUUCUGGGCAUGAUGGAUGUGAUAUAUGCCUAUAGGUACAUAAAGGUGUAUGUUGUUACAAUAUGUAAGGUACGAAAUGGUUAAAAAAAAAAAGGAAUCCUCGGGGGUACUUGUCUACCUAGGUACCUAAGGUUAAUGAUGUAUAUGCCAUCAUAAAAAGCAUGCAAUGCAAUCUACGCCUUGCCUGGCCUAUUUCAUUAGACACAUUAGGGUUAAGAGCACGAUGGUAGAAUCUUUGACUAAGGUGGAUUUUGUGUACAUUAGCCUCAUUUGUGCUUCCGAUUCCACCUUUGGCGGAACAGAAGAGACUGGUGAUAUGUCAAUUACCAUAUCCCUUUAACUUAAUAUCUUAGGUACCUACCUAAGGUACCUAUGAUCAUAUACCUAAGGAGAGGGAUAUUCACCUAGUAGAAU